AUGCGUUAUUUCUAUAUCGAUAAUACCUUAAUAUACCAUAAAUCUCGUUUUAUACAGGUUGUACUAACAGUACGCGAUAAAAACGAUUGGUUGGCUAGUUUCCGACAAGUGGUCAUGCCUAAAUCAGAUGAUCCACGUAAAAUACACAUGGAUGAGGGGAAAAGACGUGCAGGGAUCCCCAUCGAAUUGGACAAACUGCUUGCUGAUUCAUUGAAACUGGCAUUUCAGAAGAAUGAUCUUGAUUUUGAUGAUGAUGCAAUAUUACUUGAAUGCUAUGAAAAACAUAACAAAACUCUUCAGGAAAAUAUACCACCUACACGUCUUCUGGUACAUCGAUUUGGAGAUGGUUGGGAACCAUUGUGUAGAUUCUUGAAUAUGGAUGUACCAGCUAACAUACCAUACCCCGUGGCUAACAAACAGUCUGACUUCCAAACGCUACGGGAAUUAAUAAAGAAAUUUGGAUCGAUUGAGGCAGCCGCUAGAAUGCAUUCAGAAAUAAUAUAA